CCUUAUCCAUUUAGAUUUUUAUCCUCCAAAAAGUUUGAAGCUCCCAUAUACUCUCUCUCUCCCCAAAGGCUUCCCAACAGAGAAAUCCAUCUCUGUAACUUGGGAUUCCUCCAUUUUUCCAUUUUCUUCGUCAAAUGUCAGCCUCUGCAGUUUCAAUGGCAGCUGCAGCUUCAGUUUCCUCUUCUCCACYCUGCAAGAAAGUCUUCAACCUCUCGCUCCCCCAACAACAUUCCACCCAAAUCCCCCCUCAUUUCUCUCCGAAACAGAAGCCAUUGAAGCUUCUCGAGCUCAAAAUUCGCUUGCCUAACUUCCACCCUCUCUCUUUCUCCUCCGCGUCUCAUCUUUACACCUCUCCACCUGCGUUCGACGAAGAGGAAAACGCAGAGGAUGAAGAAUUGGACGGAAAAUCAGAAAGCCAAGAGGAAGAGGAGCAAACCGUAUCGGCAUCUCGCGAAGCUGGGAAGCUCUAUAUCGGAAAUUUACCGUAUGCGAUGACCUCUUACCAAUUGACUGAGGUGUUCGCGGAAGCCGGCCGCGUGGUUUCUGUACAGGUUAUUUAUGACAAAGUUACAGAUAGGAGCAGGGGAUUCGCAUUUGUGACAAUGGCAACUUUGGAGGAAGCUAAAGAAGCAAUUCGAAUGUUUGAUGGCUCUCAAAUUGGCGGUCGGACAGUUCGGGUCAACUUCCCAGAAGUUCCAAGGGGAGGAGAAAAGGAAGUCAUGGGGCCAAAGAUAAGAAGCAGCUAUAACAAAUUUGUAGAUAGUCCUCACAAGAUAUAUGCAGGAAACCUUGGUUGGGGACUUACUUCUCAGAGUCUUAGAGAGGCUUUUGAAGACCAACCAGGGAUAUUGGGUGCCAAGGUUAUCUAUGAUAGAGCAUCUGGAAGAAGUCGAGGUUUCGGGUUCGUAUCUUUUGAAACUGCUGAGGAUGCAGAGUCUGCUAUGAAUUCCAUGAAUGGGGUGGAAGUCGAAGGGCGGCCGCUUCGGUUGAACAUAGCUGCAGGACAGGCUCCAACUUCUCCAGCAGCAUUCGAGAGAACCAAGAGUACUCUCGACAGUAGCGAACUGCUUACUAGUUUCAGUGCCUGAAAUUUGAUGUUGAUAGUUGAGGAGUUGGCUUGAAAAUUAAUCUGAAACUGAAGGGUAGGGAAACUGUUUUGCAAAUUGCAUACCCUCUGGACUUCCCAAGCAGUUCCCUUUCAUUCCAUGCUCAGCUACCAUUGUCUAGGAAGCCUAGAUCUAUUCAUCGAGUGCUGGAUGUGAGUUAUAGUGGGAAAGAGAGAAGAUAAUGCCACAGAUUAACGAGUUUGUCAUUUAUGACUUGGAAUUAGACUGCUGUACUAUGGAGUAGUCUAUCGCUAUGAGUUAAUAUUACAAUAUAUCAGUCUCUCGGCCUUAUCUUA